UUUAUGUUGGUAACUGUUACAUGCGAGACUGCUUCCCUCUCUGUUUGAGGAAUAAAAAUCAUCUUACCUCCUCUUCGCUCUCCUGGUUCCUGCAUCUUGGGGUCACGAGAACGGCAGCCAUGCGAGUUCCUAACAGUUAUGUUUUUCUGGAGUUGUAGAGGGCUGUGCUGCUGUGCAUGACCAGAGAUCGUAUAUUGAGAGAGGAUGAUCGACCGCAUGGUGAUGUUCUCACCAACAUGAACACCAGUGAUUGGACAACCAACUUAACAUUUUCCUCCACCACAGAACACACCGUGUUCAAUCAAUCCAACGCCACAAUCUCGCUCCCAUCGUCCCAUUCUUUAGACAGCCAUGACCCACAAUUCACCAUCAUGCUGGUGCUGGGCUUAUCGCUGCUGCUCGCAGCGCUGGCCAUCUUCCUGGCAGUGUGCCGGCCCUCUGGGCAGCAUGAGGACUGUGAGGCGGACUGUGGCCCCGGAGAAAAACUGAAUGGCAGAAGAAGCCAGUCUAGUGAGCCACAGCUUAAGGUGUGGAAGAGGCUGGGCUCCUAUCGACGCUCCUACAAUCUCUCCUUCAGAAGACCCCCCUAUCGGAGGCCACGCGAGCAUGGGAACACAUGCGCCUCAAAGACAGCUCAACCAGGGGUCAGCAAGGAGCCACAGCUCACUACGCCCUGUCUGCAUGAUUAUGUCACUGAGAUCUAGCCAAGACUGAUGCUGUUUUGCCAGAUUUGACCACACACAUUCCAUGAGUUUAGCUUUCCAAAUAUUUACACAUGUUCAUCUUUUUGCUUUUCUCAACAUUUUGUGUACACCGCAACCAACACUCUGUUCAUUCAGUUUUCUCAACAAGCAAGAAUCAAUCAAAAAAGACCCCUAACAGAAUCAUUCAAAGAGUCGAUGGAGAAUUUUAAACACAUUAUUAUUCCCACAUAGCUAAUAGUUAAUAAUGCAGCAUACCUGCUCAAUCACAUACGUUAGUACAAAUGCAAGCACAAAUCAUGAAUACACACAAUUAAA